UUGCCACCACUAGUACCAGCUGUGCCGAAGAAUAUAUUUUAUUUACUUUUAAUCGGGAAUUAAACUAUUCAGCAUGGAGAGACUGAACGACGACUGCGUGUGCAAUAUACUGGAGUUCCUGCCACUGGUGGAGCAGAUAAAGAUGGCACGGCUGGCGCCGCGCUUCCAGGAGCUGCUCUGCCUGAUUGUGUGGCGUAAGCCGCGCUACCGCAAGGUUUCCGUAUCCGAUUCCAUGCUGGAGCCGCUUAGCAAGGAGGACUACGUCUACUUCUUCGAGCUGACCAGCCCCGCAAUGGAGGAGCUGUACAUAUGGAACGUGCACAAGAAGGCCUUCGAUUCGUACUUGGGUCGCCACCUGAUGAGGCCCGAAUUGGCCUUCUACAUGCGCAGGGACUACAGCAAUCUGCGCGAGCUCUGCAUCGCGGAUGAGAGCAUGAACAACAGCAUGAUCAACACGAUAGCCAAGAGCUGUCGCCAGCUGCGCAGCCUGAGCGUUUCCAGUGCCUACGUUACGGGGAAGCAUAUCGCCGGUCUGUCCAAUCUGGAGACCCUGGUGGCGCCCGAAUGUUCCUUGGAAAUGUGCUACCUCGCCGAGCUGCUGGAACAGCUCCCCUUGAAGCACUUGGACCUCACCUCCAACCGACAUCCAGUGGAGGCAACCAUCCUGCAGACGGAGGGCAGCAAACGACUAGAGCGCCUUGGCCUUUCCGAUGCCCAGGACUACGGCUUCCCACUCGCCGAUAUCCUGCCCAACUUGACAACGCUGGUCGUCAGCUACCACAAGGUUAGCCCCAAGGAUCAGCUAGACAUGCUGGAGAGCACGCGCCAGCGCGUAGAACGAUCCGGGCAGAAGUUUCCCAAGCGCCUGCAGUCGAUCUUGUGCAAUGUGGUGGACGUGGAGGUGGCCCUCGAGCAGAUCGCCGGCCUUGAGAAGCGCCAUCCCAGGGACACCCCAAAGUUCAAUGAGCUGCUAAAGAUAAUGUACUUCUUGUCGAAUCCGCAGGACGGAGAUAAGAAGUCACCGUGA